AAGCGCCUCGGCGGUGGGGGCCGCGGGAAGUGUCUGUAGCGUUCUCCCUCCCUCUCAACCACAAUAACAGACGGAGGGCCGGUGUAGGUGCUUUGAACUCAAAUAAACAAGGAGAAAUUUGCUCUUUGAUACUGGAGACUACACAGCAAUGGGGCCACGAAAGAAAAGUGUUAAAACCUGUCUUAUGAAUAAUGAAAUCCCAGAGGAAACAAUAUCAGAUGAAACAAAGGACUAUAUGAAUCAACUUUCACAUGAAGUACUUUGCCAUAUUUUUAGGUACCUCCCUCUACAGGAUAUCAUGUGUAUGGAAUGUCUUUCCCGGAAGCUAAAGGAAGCAGUGACCCUGUAUCUGAGAGUCGUGAGGGUUGUGGAUCUCUGCGCAGGGCGGUGGUGGGAAUACAUGCCAAGUGGCUUCACAGAUUCCAGUUUUCUAACACUAUUGAAGAAGAUGCCAGAUGUCGAACAGCUAUAUGGUCUUCAUCCUCGAUACCUUGAGAGGCGAAGAGUAAGGGGCCAUGAGGCUUUUAGCAUUCCAGGAGUCCUAGAAGCUUUGCAGGCAUGUCCAAACUUAGUGGGUGUGGAAACUUCUCAUUUGGAGUUGGUAGAAUCCAUUUGGACAUAUAUGCCACAUGUUCAUAUUUUGGGGAAAUUUCGUAAUCGUAAUGGAGCAUUUCCAAUUCCUCCUGAAAAUAAACUGAAAAUUCCGAUAGGAGCCAAAAUUCAAACUUUACAUUUAGUUGGGGUGAAUGUUCCUGAAAUUCCUUGUAUCCCAAUGCUAAGGCACCUUUAUAUGAAGUGGGUACGACUCACUAAACCACAACCGUUUAAAGACUUUCUUUGUAUCAGCUUACGAACUUUCGUCAUGAGGAACUGUGCAGGACCCACAAAUUCCUUGAAAUAUGUCCCUUUAGUAACAGGCUUAGCUUCUGCCCGAAACUUGGAACAUUUAGAAAUGGUUCGAGUUCCUUUCCUUGGAGGUCUUAUCCAACAUGUAGUUGAAGACAGUUGGAGAUCAGGUGGUUUUAGAAAUUUGCACACUAUUGUUUUGGGAGCUUGCAAAAAUGCUCUUGAAGUAGAUCUUGGAUACCUCAUCAUCACCGCUGCCCGUAGGUUACAUGAAGUUCGAAUCCAACCUUCUCUAACCAAAGAUGGUGUCUUUUCUGCCCUAAAGAUGGCAGAACUGGAGUUUCCCCAAUUUGAAACCCUUCAUCUGGGAUAUGUAGAUGAGUUUUUGCUACAGAGCAGAAUGGCUAAUGCAGAUCUCGUGAAGUAUGGUCUGGCUGACGUGGUAGAAAAUCCUGGUAUCAUCACUGAUAUAGGGAUGAAGGCCGUCAAUGAAGUUUUCUCUUGUAUCAAAUAUCUGGCAAUUUACAAUUGCCCCCAUCUACACAACCCAUACAACUGGAUCUCAGACCACUCAAGGUGGACUCGAUUGGUUGAUAUCAACCUAGUGCGGUGCCAUGCUUUGAAGCUAGACUCCUUUGGCCAGUUUAUUGAAUUAUUGCCCAGCUUGGAAUUUAUUUCACUGGACCAGAUGUUUCGUGAACCACCCAAGGGCUGUGCUCGAGUUGGUCUGAGUGCAGGCACAGGAAUUGGGGUUUCCUCGGCCCUUGUUAGCAACCAGAACUCCAACAAUGACAAUGACAAUAAUGCCCAGAAUAACAAUGCCAACCUCCAUGACAAUAAUCACCAUCACCCAGAUGACUCAGAUGAGGAGAAUGACUUUCGGCAAGACCUGCAACCAGGAGAGCAACAGUUUGCAGCCGACGCAUUGAAUGAAAUGGAAGACAUAGUGCCAGAAGAUGGAGAGGUGGUGGCUGAGAGUGGAAACAAUACUCCAGCUCACAGUCAGGCAAUUAUUCCUGUAGAUGUUGAUGAGGAACAAGCAGGUCCCAGUGGCCUUCAACGUGUAGUAAAACCAACCCCAAUUACUGUUCAUGAUUCAGAGAGCGAUGAUGAGGAAGAUAGUCUAGAACUCCAAGAAGUCUGGAUUCCUAAGAAUGGUACUCGGCGUUACUCUGAACGUGAAGAAAAAACUGGAGAAUCUGUGCAGUCCAGGGAAUUAUCAGUAAGUGGAAAAGGCAAGACUCCACUUCGAAAGAGGUACAACUCCCAUCAGAUGGGCCAGUCGAAGCAGUUUCCCCUCGAGGAAAGCAGCUGUGAGAAAGGCUGUCAGGUCACCAGUGAGCAGAUCAAAGCCGAUAUGAAAGCAGCUAGGGAUAUUCCUGAAAAGAAAAAAAACAAGGAUGUUUAUCCCAGCUGCAGCAGCACCACCGCCAGCACAGUGGGAAACUCCAGCUCACACAGCACUGCUUCUCAAAGCCCCGACUUUGUAAGGACGGUGAACAGCGGCGGCUCUUCCGAGCCUAGCCCUACAGAAGUGGAUGUGUCCAGGCAGUGUGUCUGCUCCCCCGGUGGGUCAGAGGACUCUGAGGCCAUGGAGGAGGGAGAUGCAGAGAGUUCUGUCUGCCCCAGAUGCUGCUGUCACAGGCCCCAGGAAUCCCAAAGGAGAACUAGCAGGUGUUCUGAUGAGGAACGUCCUUCAACCAGCCGAGCCUGUGUUGUGAAUGGCCCGGAUGAAGUUGCCAAAACUAAGCCACGUCAUGCCAUGAAACGGAAACGGACAGCAGAUAAAUCCACCAGUACCAGUGAUCCUGUGAUUGAGGAUGACCACGUGCAGGUUCUUGUAUUAAAAUCCAAAAAUCUUGUUGGAGUCACUAUGACCAAUUGUGGAAUCACAGAUCUAGUGCUAAAAGACUGUCCCAAGAUGAUGUUCAUCCAUGCUACCAGGUGCAGGGUACUGAAACAUUUGAGUGAAAAUGCACCAAUUGUCAACCGAUUUGACUAUGCACAAUGCAGAACUAAUAUGGAUCAGGUACUAGACCAGAAUACUAAGGAUGCUCCUGAGAGAAACCGUAUCAUAAACCUACGCCCAAUGCAGCAGGUAGACACACUAACUUUGGAGCAGAAGCUGUUUAGUGGCCCCUACCCUCACAUCUGCAUCCAUGAAUUCAGUAACCCUCCUAAUGUCCGCAAUAAAGUGCGCAUUCGCAGCUGGAUGGACACUAUAGCAAACAUCAAUCAAGAGCUCAUUAAGUAUGAAUUCUUCCCUGAGGCUACUCGAACUGAAGAAGACUUAAAGAAGUACCCCAAGUACCCCUGGGGAAGAGAAAUCUAUACUUUAGAAGGUGUUGUGGAUGGAGCGCCGUAUUCCCUGAUUUCUGACUUUCCUUGGCUUAGGUCAUUACGGGCAGCAGAGCCCAACAGCUUUGCCCGAUACGAUUUUGAAGACGAUGAAGAAAGCACCAUCUAUGCUCCUCGAAGGAAAGGGCAGCUCUCUGCAGACAUCUGUAUGGAAACAAUAGGAGAAGAAAUUUCAGAGAUGCGACAGAUGAAGAAGGGUGUGUUUCAGCGAGUUGUGGCAAUUUUUAUCCACUAUUGUGAUGUCAAUGGAGAACCAGUUGAAGACGACUACAUUUGAUUGGCCACCCUCCUUUCCAGCUGUUCUGUCAGAAAGCAGCUAGGGCCAUCCAGCUGCCAGAACGCUCCACAGGGACUUGAGGCAUGCAGUUGGGAGGCCCUGGCUCGGUUCGAUAUAUAGGAAAUGUAAUAAGGAACAUUGAAGUUGUAUACAAAGAUUUGUACAUAGAGGAAAUAUACAAAGAUACUUCCUAAAGUUCCAACUUUAUAUCAUAUGUUUAUACAAUUUAAUUUAAAAAUUCAUUUUAAUGAAGGCAGAUAAUUUGAAAGAGUUCAUUUUGUUCAUUUUUCCUGACUUAGUUCAUAAAGUAUCAUUUUUUGACUGAGCCCCAUUUACUAUAUUCUUAAUAAUCAUUGUCAUCCCCUUAAAUCUGUGCCUUUUUCUUCUUGAAGCUGUUUGAGUAAAUCUGUUGAAGAGUGUUUGUGUCUUGUGUGCUUUUUUUUGUUGUUAUUAAAACACCGACUAAACCCUAUAGUCAGAUGAGGCUGUAUGUUUCUGUACAAAGCUGUAGUUUCUUUUUCUUCUUGGUAUUAUAGUUACUAUGUUUCUUAAAAUCAAGUAAAAAGACUCAUGAGCUUAAAAAAAUGAGUUUGAGUGGGAAAUGGAAAAGUUUCCAAAGCAUUUCUAGUUAUUUAUUUCCACAUUUAAUUGUGUAUAUGCUUUAUCUUGAAUAUAAAAAUAAAAGUUUAUUAAAAACUUUA